UGGGGAGGGACCCUCAAGCUGAUCCAGGCCAUGGACAGGGACAAUUCCCAGCACCCCAGGGUGCUCCAAACCCGAUCCAGCCUGGCCUUGGACACUCCCAGGCAUCCAGGGACAGCCACAGCUUCCAUGGAAAUCCAUUCCAGCUCCUCCCAGGGAAGAAUUCCUUCCCCAUAUCCCAUCCACGUCUCCCCUCUUUCUGCACAAAGCCAUUCCCACUUUUCCAGCUCGUGCACAAAUCCCAGAGGGUUUUUUGCUCCUUCAUUUUUUCCUUUUUUUCCCUUUCUCCUGCUUAAAAGGAUGCCGAAAUGUCCCAAAGAAAAAUUCUUUCCAUGUGAUCCCAGCACUUUCCCUCUUGGCCGGAACUCUGGAUGUGGUUUUGGGUUCUGUGGUGGAGUUUUUUUCAUCCUCUUAUUUUUUUUUUAAUCCAAUUUUUUUCACUUUUUAUUUCCAUCCCUGGGAGAGACCCUGCAGAAUUCCAGACUGGCAGCGAAUCCCGAGGAAACCAGAGUGGGACAAAGGUGCAGGAGCCCUGCACAAGUCGGUGCAAGCAAAGAAUCGGAAAUUUUUCCUUUUGCCAAGUUUUCCCAAGGAUCCAGCCUGACUUUCCGUGUUUCUCUUGGAUCCCAGCACGGAAGCUGCAGCCUGCCCGGAGAGCUGCAGCUGAGGAGCAGCGAGGGAAGGAAAAUCCAGGGAUUCUGAGGGUCGAGCUGCUCCCCGGGAUGGGCGCCCUGAUCCUGCUGCUCCUGCUCUCCGCCGGGAACGCCGGAUCCCAGCCGGGCGCGGCGCUGCCCCGGCGGCGCCUGGCGUGCGUGAGGUGCUGCGGGCCCUCGGAGCAGCCCGUGUCCAUCCUCUCCCAAAGAUCCACCAGGAUGAGCAUCCAUGCCCGGUAUUCCGUGCCCAAAAUCCGGCCCACCAUCGACAUCACCAUCCUCAAAGGCGAGAAGGGCGAGGCGGGCGAGCGGGGCCGGCCGGGGGCUGCGGGGCCGGCGGGAGCUCCGGGCCCGCGGGGACCGAGCGGCCACAAGGGCCAGAAGGGCCGGGCGGGCCCGCAGGGCCUCUCCUGCCAUCAGCGCUUCGCCGCCUUCUCCGUGGGCCGCCGGCAGCCCCUGCACGGCUCCGGCCGCUUCCAGCCCGUGGCCUUCGACACGGAAUUCGUCAACCUCUACCAGCACAUGGACGCGUCCUCCGGGAGGUUCCUCUGCCACGUGCCCGGCGUUUAUUACUUCAGCCUCAACGUGCACACGUGGAGCUUCAAGGAGGCCUUCGUGCACGUGAUGAGGAACGAGCGCGCGGCCGCCGUGCUGUACGCGCAGCCCGGCGACAGGGGCGUCAUGCAGAGCCAGAGCCUGAUGCUGCAGCUGCGGGAAGGGGACCAGGUGUGGGUCAGGAUGUUCAAGAGGGAGCGGGAAAACGCCAUUUACAGCCAGGAGUCGGAUGUGUUCGUCGUCUUCAACGGGCACCUGGUGAAACCCGCCCUGGAGUAGGAGCUCCUCAGCCCAGGGCAGAGCUUUGGGACAUCCAGCGGUGUCCUCCCUCCAGAAUUGUGUCUCUAAUUCCGUUUGGAAUGGUUGUAGCCAUGGAAAGAGUUGUUUUCCCACGUCUGCACCCAGACUUUUUUUUUUUUAAUCCAGUUUUUUUCAAUUUUUAUUUCCAUCCCUGGGAGAGGCCCUGCGGAAUUCCAGACUCAGUGAAUUUUUUAAUCCAAUUUUUUUCAAUUCCAAGCUGCGCAGGAAUUCCAGAGGGUUCCCAGCUCCCUUUGUGAACGUUCCCGGGGUUUGUCCAGUUGACAGCAAAAAUUUCCCUCUUUCUCUGCGUCUCCCAUUCUUCUGAAAUAUAUCCAACCUUGGAAGGUGGUUUUCCCACUUAUUUACGGAUGGAGGAGACUGUUCCAGCUGCUCAAGAAUUCCAGGAGUUUUCCAGCUCUCAGUGUAGCCCCUCAGGAACAUCCCUGAAGAGUUGCCAAGUCAGCAGCAAAACGUUUCCCUUCCUUCCCUGCAUCUCCCAUUCCAUUUGGAAUAUCUGUAGCCCUUGGAAUUCUGGUUUUCCACCCCUCUGUGGACAAAUUCCACCUGCACAAAAAUUCCAGAAGAUUCCCAGCUCCCUGUGGAUGAUCCCCCAAAAUUUGCAGAGUUGGCAGCAAGAUUUCCCUCCUUCGCUGUGCUUUGGGGAAGGAAUUACAAUAAUUAGGAUAUCAUUAGGAUAAAAAAAUUAUCCCUAAGGACCAGCGCCGUUAUCCAGGUGCUAAUUAAGGAAUUUUUUUAUUCCUGCAAAAAUCUCGGAUAAUUAGAGCCCCUCCCUGCCCCAGCAGCACCAGGUCGAGUCCUCUCAGGCAGAAUUUUGGCAUUAAAAUCAAUAUUUUGCACAGGAAUUAAUCCCAAAUUCCAUUCCGUGUCAUAUUCCACAAUUCCAGCAGAACGGUGGAAUUAGAGAAAUACCAGAAAUACCUGGAUUUGGGAAAGCUUUUCCAGGGAAACUGAGCCCGGUACAAACACAAACUCCAGAGGAAAACUCCCCAUGAGGACACCCAGCCUGGCUGGGAUUGCUUCCCAACUGAACAAAAGGGUGGGAAUUUGGGAUUUGCCAAGCUGGGAUUUCAGGCUGUGCUCCCAUCUGGACAUUCCCAUCUUGGAGCACCAUCAUUUCUGGAAAACGGAGGAAAAACUGGAGAGCAAAAGGAAAUUUUAAUUAUUAUUUUUAGGGAUUUUUUUAUUUUUAGGAAUUUUUUUUUCCAGAAAUCACCAUCUUGGAGCACCAUCAUUUCUGGAAAAUGGAGGAAAAACUGGAGAAAAAAAGGAGUUUUCCUUCAAACAGUAAAUUCCAGGGAUCUGGGAUUUUUUCCUAAAUAAUUACGGAUGGAACCAUGGUGCAUGCAGCAAAGCCCAUCAUUUUAUCCCAUUCCUUCUUUUCCUUUCUCCCAGUCUUUUUUUUUCCUUCCCAAAUCUUUUGUACAAAGGAUCCAGGGAAAUUCCUGCCAGGAAAAUGCUUCCAUGGAUCUCACCUCCCCCAGCUUCGGGAAAAGUAGCUGAAAUAAAGAUUUU